AUGAGUUGUCAAGCGGAGAAUCCGUUUGCAAGCCUUUCAAGAUCAAGAAAAGAAGACGAGGAGGCUCUGAGAUGGGCGGCGAUAGAGAAGCUUCCGACCUAUAAUCGGUUGAGAACAUCCCUACUGCAAUCUGUUGUGGAGGUUGAGAAUCAUGUCACCAAGAAAUUGCACAAACAAGUGGAUGUCAGGAAGCUUGAUGCCAACGACAGGCAGGAGUUCAUGGAGAGCAACUUUAAAGUUGUCGAGGAAGAUAAUGAGAAAUUCUUUAGGAAACUAAGAGAUCGUAUCAACAAGGUGGGGAUCGCAGUGCCCACAGUAGAAGUUAGAUUUGAGCAAUUAGGAAUAGUAGCUGAUUGCUAUGUUGGCAACAGAGCUCUUCCAACUCUUGUCAAUACGGCAAGAAACAUUGCAGAAACAGCUCUUGGUGGUUGUGGAAUCAGAUUGACUAAGAGAACAAAACUCACAAUCCUUAGAGAUGUGUCUGGGAUCAUAAACCCAUCAAGGAUGACCCUCUUGUUAGGCCCUCCUUCAUCUGGAAAGACUACACUUUUGUUGGCACUGGCAGGAAAGUUGGACCCAAAUUUGAAAGUGCGAGGACAAGUCACUUACAAUGGUCAUAGGCUUGAUGAGUUUGUGCCACGGAAGACAUCUGCCUACAUUAGCCAAAAUGAUGUUCAUUUGGGUGAUCUAACAGUUCAAGAAACCCUAGAUUAUUCAGCUAGGUUCCAAGGAGUUGGGAGCCGAUAUGAUCUUCUAACUGAGCUCUCAAGGAGAGAGAAAGCUGCUGGAAUUUUUCCUGACACUGAAGUUGAUCUUUUCAUGAAGGCAACUGCAAUGGAGGGAGCUGAAAGCAACCUAAUUGUUGAUUAUAUUCUCAAGCUCUUGGGGCUCGAUAUGUGUAAGGAUACACUUGUUGGAGACGAGAUGCAGCGAGGAAUUUCUGGUGGACAAAAGAAGCGAGUAACAACAGGGGAGAUGAUUGUGGGACCAACAAAUACUCUUUUCAUGGAUGAGAUAUCAACUGGUCUAGACAGCUCCACAACAUUUCAAAUUGUGAAGUGCAUGCAGCAGAUUGCGCACCUCACUGAGGCAACAAUCUUGAUGUCCCUACUCCAGCCGGAUCCUGAGACGUUUGAUCUCUUUGACGACAUCAUCCUCCUAUCAGAGGGCCAGAUCGCCUAUCAGGGCCCAAGAGAGCACGUGCUUGAAUUCUUUGAGAGGUGUGGGUUCAAGUGCCCCGAAAGGAAGGGCACUGCUGACUUUUUGCAAGAGGUUACAUCGAAGAAGGAUCAAGAGCAGUACUGGGCAGAUAGGAGCAAGCCCUACAGCUACAUAUCUGUCUCUGAAUUCGCAAGGCAGUUUAAGGAUUUCCAUGUUGGCUUGCAGCUUCAGAAUGAGCUCUUCAUCCCCUAUGACAAGUCAAAAAGCCAUGAAGCAGCUCUUGCUUUCUCAAAAUACUCUAUCCCAAAAAUGCAGCUCCUCAAAGCCUCUAUGGAUAGGGAAUGGCUCUUGAUCAAGAGGACCGCGCCUGUUUACAUCUUCAAGACUGUCCAGAUUAUAGUUGUCGCCGUCAUUGCAUCAACCAUGUUCUUGAGGACAACGCUAGAUAUUACAUAUGAUGAUGGGUCUCUAUACGUUGGUGCAAUUAUAUUUUCCAUGAUUGUCAAUAUGUUCAACGGUUUUGCUGAGCUCUCUAUAGCAAUCAUGAGGCUUCCUGUGUUUUACAAGCAUAGGGAUCUCCUAUUUUACCCCGCAUGGGCCUUCACCAUACCAAAUUUCUUGCUUCGUGUUCCCAUUUCAGUUUUGGAGUCUAUAGCUUGGACAGCUGUGACAUAUUAUUCAAUUGGAUAUGCACCAGAAGCUAGCAGGUUUUCCAAGCAACUUCUGGUGAUAUUUCUGAUCCAACAAAUGGCUGCUGGGCUAUUUAGGCUCAUGGCUGGGGUAUGUAGGACUAUGAUCAUUGCCCAUACCGGAGGAGCACUUUCUCUGCUCCUCUUGUUCCUGCUUGGAGGGUUCAUCCUUCCCAAAGGACAAAUUCCUGUAUGGUGGUCAUGGGGUCACUGGGUUUCGCCUCUAUCAUAUGGUUUCAAUGCCUUGACUGUCAAUGAGAUGCUUUCCCCAAGGUGGAUGAACAAACUGGCAUCAAACAAUAUGACAAUGUUGGGUGUGGCAGUGUUGGAGAGAUUUGAUGUUCCCCACUACAAAUACUGGUAUUGGAUUGGAGCCGCAGCUCUUCUGGGGUUCAUGGUUCUUUUCAACGUCCUAUUUACGUUAUCGCUCGUGUACCUAAACCCUCUUGGAAAGCCCCAGGCAGUAAUUUCUGAAGAAUUGGCAAAUGAGCAAAACAACCAGGGAAUAUCAAGAGUCAAACCUAUUAGUUCAACAAAUGAAAAUAAAAUGAGAGAAUUGCAAUCCCUGAGAACAAGUAGUAAAUCCAAUACCAAGGUUACCAGCAUUUUGGCAGCAGAUGAGGUUGUUCCAAAGAGAGGGAUGGUUCUUCCAUUUACACCUCUAGCAAUGUCCUUUGACAGUGUAAACUACUACGUGCACAUGCCCUCAGAAAUGAAGGAUCAAGGUGUGACCGAGGAUAGGCUGCAGCUACUUCGAGAAGUGACUGGAGCAUUUAGGCCUGGAAUCCUGACAGCUUUGAUGGGAGUCAGUGGGGCUGGAAAGACGACAUUGAUGGAUGUUCUAGCUGGACGAAAAACGGGGGGUUACAUUGAAGGUGAUAUAAGAAUUUCUGGGUUCACCAAGAAGCAAGAAACAUUUGCCAGAACUUCUGGUUACUGUGAGCAGACUGAUAUUCACUCCCCUCAAGUCACAGUUAGAGAGUCCUUGAUCUACUCAGCUUUCCUACGACUCCCUCAAGAAGUCAGCAAUAAAGAAAAAACGGUUUUUGUGGAUGAAGUGAUGGAAUUAGUAGAGCUCAAAAAUCUUAAAAAUGCUAUAGUGGGGCUUCCAGGAAUCACGGGUCUGUCCACAGAACAAAGGAAGAGGUUGACAAUAGCAGUGGAGCUUGUUGCUAAUCCUUCAAUCAUAUUUUUGGAUGAACCAACUUCAGGGCUUGAUGCAAGGGCAGCAGCCAUAGUUAUGAGGACUGUGAGGAAUACAGUGGACACUGGAAGAACAGUUGUCUGCACAAUUCAUCAGCCUAGUAUUGACAUCUUUGAAGCCUUUGAUGAGCUGCUAAUGAUGAAGAGAGGGGGACAAGUCAUCUACUCAGGUCCCUUGGGUCGGAAUUCUUGCAAAGUCAUUGAAUAUUUUGAGGCAGUUCCUGGAGUCAAUAAAAUUAAAGAGAAACAAAACCCAGCAGCAUGGAUGCUGGAAGCAAGCUCGGUCGCAUCCGAAGUCCGACUUGGAAUUGAUUUUGCUGAGCACUACAAAUCGUCAUCCUUGUAUCAACAAAUCAAUGCACUAGUAAAAGAUUUGGAGAUUCCACCAGAAGGGUCAAAAGAUCUCUAUUUUCCCACUCAGUACUCUCAGUCCACAUGGGGCCAAUUCAAAUCCUGCCUAUGGAAGCAGUGGUGGACUUAUUGGAGAAGUCCUGAUUAUAACCUCGUUCGGUACUUCUUCACAUUGGCAGCUGCCCUUGUGCUUGGCACAAUUUUCUGGCAGGUUGGCACAGAAAGGGAGAAUUCAUCUGAUCUCACUAUGAUCAUUGGAGCCAUGUACGUUUCUGUCCUAUUUGUUGGAAUUAACAACUGCUCAACGGUGCAGCCAGUUGUAGCUGUUGAAAGAACUGUUUUCUAUAGAGAAAAGGCAGCUGGGAUGUACUCAGCUUUACCAUAUGCCAUGGCACAGGUUAUUGUUGAAAUACCAUAUAUAUUCGUCCAAACUACUUAUUAUUCACUUAUAGUGUAUGCAAUGGUGAGCUUUCAAUGGACAGCAGCGAAGUUCUUGUGGUUCUUCUUCAUCACCUUCUUCUCCUUCCUCUACUUCACUUACUACGGGAUGAUGACGGUUUCAAUCACACCGAAUCACGAAGCAGCUGCCAUUUUUGCAUCAGCAUUUUAUGCACUCUUCACUCUCUUCUCUGGCUUUUUUAUCCCCAAACCAAGAAUACCCAAUUGGUGGAUAUGGUACUACUAUCUCUGCCCGGUGGCAUGGACAGUUUAUGGACUAAUUGUCUCACAGUAUGGUGACAUUGAGGACACUAUCAAAGUGCCUGGAAUCGUGCCUGAUCCAACCAUCAAGUGGUAUGUGGAAAACCAUUUCGGGUACAACUUGAACUUCAUGGGGCCAACUGCUGCAAUUUUAGUCAUGUUUGCAGCCUUUUUUGCCCUCAUGUUUGCAGUCUGCAUCAAGAGAUUGAACUUCCAAAACAGGUAGUUCAGGUGUGUAGGGCUCUUAGAAUGUGAUAAUUUGGAUAGCCAUUUUUUGUCACUAUGAUUUGUUGUAAAUAUGUAAAUCACAUAGUAAGAGGAAAAAAGAAGGCAAAAGCCAGCGAAUGUAAUGGAUUUGAGCAAAUGUUAACUACAUUUAAAUCCAUGUUUUGGGAAUCAUGUA